UUCACCAGUCACCACCACUGUCAGCUCCCAGAACGCAAAAAUGAUUUCUUCAGUCUCCACCAAAUGCCUCUACUCUAUUUCUCGACUCUGUCCGAUUCAAUUCCUUCUCUCCUCAACCUCUCGCUUGCUCUGCACAGUAUUCAAUUCCGCUUUCCACUCUCAGCACCAAUCAAAUCCACCCAGUUUUGACCUCGAAACGGUACGCGCGACUCUCUCCUCCUACAGCAACGACUGGAAACGAGCGCUCGAGUUCUUCAACUGGAUCGAAGCAGAGUGCCAGUACAAGCACACUACCGAAACAUUCAAUCGGAUGAUAGACAUUCUGGGUAAGUUUUUCGAGUUCGAUAUUUCGUGGGAUUUGAUUCGACGAAUGCGAAACGAUCCGCUUUCCGUGCCUAAUCACACGACGUUUCGCAUAGUGUUUAAGCGUUAUAUUACAGCCCAUCUUGUGAAUGAUGCUAUAACUGCGUUUAAUGGGUCGGAGGAGUUUAAUCUAAAGGAUGAGACUUUGUUCUGUAGUCUUGUUGAUGCACUUUGUGAGUAUAAGCAUGUAAUUGAGGCGCAAGAUUUGUGCUUUGGUAAAAGGGGGAAAUUGGGUUUUAACGUCGAUGAUACAAAGAUUUGUAAUAUGAUUCUACGUGGAUGGUUUAAAAUGGGGUGGUGGGGAAAGUGUAGAGAAUUUUGGGAAGAGAUGGAUAAAAGAGGUGUUAAAAAGAGUUUGUAUUCUUAUUCAAUCUAUAUGGAUAUAAUGUGUAAGAGUGGGAAGCCGUGGAAGGCAGUUAAGUUGUACAAGGAGAUGAAGAGGAAGGGGAUGAAAUUGGAUGUGGUUGCUUAUAAUAUUGUCAUUCGUGCUGUUAGUCUAUCUGAGGGCGUGGAUUUUGGGAUUCGAGUGUUUCAUGAGAUGAGGGAGUUGGGUUUUGAGCCAAGUGUUGCAAGUUAUAAUACAAUAAUGAAACUUUUGUGUGAGAAUGGAAGGAUUGUGGAAGCAUAUUCAGUGUUUGAUCAAAUGCUUAAGAAGGGUUAUGAGCCUAAUAUGGUGACGUAUCAUUGUUUCUUUGCGUGUCUUGAGAAGCCUAGAGAGAUUCUUGUGCUUUUUGAUAGGAUGAUGGAGUAUGGGUUUCGGCCAACAAUGGACACUUAUGUGAUGCUUAUGCGGAAAUUUGGCAGAUGGGGAUUUCUUCGACCAGUUUUGAUGGUUUGGAAGAAGAUGGAAGAACUAGGGGAUAGUCCCAAUGAGUUUGCUUACAAUGCUUUAAUUGAUGCUUUAAUUGAUAAGGGUAUGCUGGAUGUGGCCAGGAAGUACGAUGAAGAAAUGUUAGCCAAAGGGCUCUCCCCUAAGCCAAGGGAAGAGUUGGGGAUGAAGCUGGUACAAGCCGACCAAGUGGCUGGCUGGGUGUAAUUGUCACAAGUUAUGCUGAACAUGGAGCUGUUUCUUCCUAUAUUCCAUUGUUAUAAUGGUAGUAGUCCACAUGACUUAAGCUUGAGGAUUUGUUUGGAUCUUAUAUUCAAGUUAGACCUAUUUAUGGAUGCCUAAACAAGAUCAAAUUUUCAACUCUCCUUAACAUUAGGAAGGUUUAUACAUCUCAGGUCGGCUACACUCAUCUCUCUUCAUGUUAUUCAGUAAACAAAUACUUGACUAUGAAGUCACUACAACUACAAAAUAUAAUCACUCGAGUCCAGUCUCCUCAUCAUUCUCGCUAAAACAGAUAAGUGAAAUCAGCAACUUCCUCGGUACCCCAGCAGCAACAAGGGGAGAUGGGGGCUAAUGCAGAACCUGUGUCUAGCAGUUCUUCAAGGUCUAUCAUGCCAUCCUUCGCCGUUAUCUCCACCCUAAUGGUUCUUGCCUUAAGUUCUUGUAUAAUGUGCUAUGUAACAAGCAUUAACAAAGGAAGCCCGUUAUUUUUAGUUAGAGUUUUUUUUUUUUUUUUCUUCUCUUUUUGGGGUGGUUUAAUAUUGUU